AGAAAUCGCUCGCGGGUCCGCUCUACGUUUUGUCAGGGAUAGUAACUACGUAAGUGCGCACUCUAAAGGGAAGCUGCAGUGUGCCAGCCCCCUCCUCACACUAAUGUUUAUGUGCUUUGUCAGCUGUGUCUCUUGUCUCUUGCACAAACUCUGGACUUCGAGCCCGAAUCCCUCAACCUUUUAUUUUCAACUAUCUCAAGCUUUCUUAUCACGCCGUAUCGCUCUUCUGGCCAACCCCUUUCGGACCUUGAGCAGACCCAACUCGGUCUAGACUAUUUUCCUUUUUUCCCUCCCCCUCUAACUGUGAAACAUGAUAUUAAAUUCCAAUAAAAACGAACCUGCUGUCAUUCUGGAGCGUGUCAACAGCGCGCGAACGGCUCUCUCCGAUCUCUAUCUGGAACAGCUGCUGCAGAAUAAACCCAAGUCAGACAAGACCGCCAUGCAAACAUACGACUGCAAAGGACAGGAAGUCUUCACCAACGGCAGCUCUGGCUAUAUGAACAGCAAAGAUGUGACCAGGAUGCGGGAAGUGGCCUUUGAGAAGAACUCCUCUGAGCCACUGGGUGUAACUCUUAAGCUGAAUGAAAGGCAGAGGUGUACAGUGGCGAGAAUAUUGCAUGGAGGGAUGAUACACAGACAAGGUUCUUUACACGAAGGUGAUGAAAUCGCAGAGAUCAAUGGGAAAAGUGUUGCUAAUCAAAGUGUAGACCAACUACAGAAGAUUCUGAAAGACACAAACGGUGUUGUCACAUUGAAAAUCAUCCCCAAUCAGCAAAGUCGCCCCGUGGCAUGCGAGAUGUAUAUGAGAGCACAAUUCGACUAUGACCCAGCCAAAGACGACCUCAUCCCGUGCAAAGAAGCCGGCCUGAAAUUCCAAACAGGUGCCAUCAUUCAAAUUAUCAAUAAGAAGGAUCCAAACUGGUGGCAAGGAAAGGUGGACAACUCCUCCACAGACUUCGCAGGACUCAUCCCUUCUCCAGAACUUCAGGAAUGGCGGGUAGCAAGCAAAAGCAAAGCAACACAGGAAGCCAGUCAGUCCUGCAGUCCUUUUGGCAAGAAGAAGAAAUGCAAAGACAAAUACCUUGCCAAACACAGCUCAAUCUUUGACCAGCUUGAUGUAAUAUCCUAUGAGGAAGUAGUGAGACUGCCCGCAUUCAACAGAAAAACUCUUGUACUCAUUGGUGCACCUGGAGUUGGAAGGAGCCAUAUCAAAAAUUCACUGCUGAGCAAGUAUCCUGAGAAGUUUGCUUACCCAGCACCACGUAUGUACUGUCCAGCUGCAUGCCUUCUCUUUUUAAUUUCUUAACAUUGAACUCUUCCACCUGUUUUUGAGAGUGUGAAUUUUUAAACAGAGCCAAACGGAAUUAUAUACAGUCUUAAAUCCAUGUAUAGUUUACCUAAAUUGUAUACAGUCUUAGGGUGUAUUCACACCUGCCUUGUUUGGUUCGAUU